AUGGCGUGGUUCAAGGACGCUCUCACAAAGGCGGUGCAGCAGGCGAGUCAGGAGUAUCAGAGGGAGAGGGAGAGGCAGCAACAGGGUGGAGGAGGUUCUUCGCAGCGACAACCUCAGUCUCCUCAGUAUCAGCAGCCUCAGCCCCAACAGCAGUAUCAACAACCACAAUAUCAGCACGUUCCGCCUCCGCCGCCAUAUGGUCCGACCAGUCCCCAGCAGUCUCAAGAUCUAGCGCAGAUCCAGGCACAAGCUGAAGCACAACUACAAGCUGCCAGGGCCCAAGCCGCCAGAGAACAAGCCGAGGCCGAGGCUCAGUUACAGGCCGCCAAGGCUCAGGCAGCUCAGGAACAAGCACGAGCUCAAGCCCAACUCGAAGCUGCCCAAGCCCAGGCUCUCCAGGAAAUCGAACGUUCUCGGGCUGCUCAGGAUGAAGCAACCAAGCAGCUCGAGGCGCAAUGGCGCGAGGCGGAGAGAUUGGCAGCACAGUACAAGGCCCAGUAUGAGGCGCAAAUGAAGAGUGCGGAGGAGGAAAUGGCCAGGCUGAACCUCGAGGCAGAGAAGCAGCAGCGACAAGCGCAGGAGGAACUGACUGCGUUGAAGGCAGAGGAGGCCAAACAACGACAGCGCGCCGAGGACGAGAUUAUAAGGGAGCAGCAGAGGCUCCUAGAUGAGAUCCAGAAAGCCAAGGAGGAAACAGAAGUUGCGCCGCCGCCGCUGCCAAGAAGGCCAGUUUCCAUGGUUGGAACAAGUCAGCCGCAAUCAUACCAAUCUCUUCCCAGCCAUCGAAACUCAUAUCUGUCGCCUCUUCCAGGUCCACCGAGUCAUCCGCCGCCAAAUCCUUCACAGGCGCAGUAUAUGCCUCCGCCACCACCAGGACCUCCUCCCAUUCAAACGACCAGCCCGAGCCACCAGAACCGGCAGAGCGUCUACCCAUCUCCAACUUCCGGGCCUACGAUUCAGUUGCCAUCGAGUUCGUCGCCACAGCAGACUCCUUACUAUCCUCCGCCUCCGCCGAGUCCCUCACAGCAGCAAUGCCAUCCUCAAUACAACCCCUCUCAGCCAGUACAGGGGCAGCCGGCUCCUCCGGCUUCUCAAAGCACUUUUCAGACGCCAUCAUUACCACCUAGAAUAUCACCAGACCAGCCAGUAGUCAACCCUUCACAGCAGCAGGUCCCUCACUAUCCGCCACCUCCACCAAGUCCUUCACAGCCCCAAACCCAGACUCAAUACAAUUCACCCCUCUCGCCGUCGAUUGAGACAAACCUAGCUCAAGGAGAGAGCAGUGGCUCGCAUCUUUCACCAGCCCCAAGUCAGGUGGUAACAAGCCCUUCACAGAUCCCUUACUACCCGCCGCCUCCAGGUCUCCCGCCACGAGUACAGACAAACCUGGCUCAAGAAGAUCAAAACUCGCAUCCAUCACCUGCUCCAAGCCAAGGAGUGGCGAGUCCUUCGCAGACCCCUUACUCUCCUCCUCUGGACUCUUCCAGCCAGCCAGCACAAAGUCCUCAACAGCAGCCUCAAGCUUCACCCUAUGUCUCUCAGCCCAGACGAGAAGCCACUCCUACUCGCCCCAAAACACCUCGCGUCCACACACCGGGACCACCGCAAGAACACGCCUCCGGCGCAAAGCCACUAUCUGAAUGCUCCUCAGCCGUAACAACAACAGCACAGCAUUGGUUCUUCCACCCCUCCGUACCUGAAUUCACCAUUUGCGCCUGGUGCUACGUCAAACACAUCUACGACACCAGAUUCCGCGAUUCCUUCACAAAGAUGUACUGUGAUGACAAGGAACAGCGCAGAUGUCGCUUCGCAUCACGUCGUCUCAAAGAAACACUCUUUCCUGAAGCUGUGAAAUCAGGAUGUCUAGAUGAGUGUGUAGCCUUUAUGAAGAAGCGAAUAACUAUCAAAGACUGCCUCGAGCAAACCCAGAUAGAAGGAGAUCCCUGGUACACGACGCCGGACGUCCCCAACAGCACCCUUUGCCAGGCCUGCUUCGAGGACGACGUCAGCGGGACAUCCUUUGCAAAGCACUACCAACUCCAGACCGUCCAGGGAGCGUGCUUCUGCGACUCGGCAGCUUGGUUUCUAAAACGCAAGUUCUCAGAAUAUCUCAAAGAGGAUAACUGGGCCAAGUUUGCAGAGGAGAUGAGCGUGAGGGUUACAUUACCCCCCUGCCCACGCAUGGAAGACAUCAAGGCUAAUGACCGUCAAUGGUACAAGCCCAAGAACGGACCUUCCAGUCUUCAGGCGUGCGUGACAUGCUACUUUGACUACUUUUACCGGUCUGAAGAUGAAGACCUGUUUGAGCAGGUUAGCGGAGGAGACUUCCACACACGAUGCACAAUGGGCCAGCUUAACCGCCUCAUCCCGAUGCAUCAAGCACUAGCCGACGAGGAUAGAAGUCUAUUCUGGAAAGCCGCCUUUGCAAUCGACAAGUAUCCCUUCUGCCACAAGGACGGCAUCAAGGGCGGAACUUGGUACACGUUGCCCGGCGAUACUCCAGGUUGGGGAAUAUGCGCCGCCUGCUAUGAAGGCGUCAUAAAGACCGUCGGUGGAUCACGUUGGUUCGUCCAAGACAAAGACGUAUCGCAAGAUGAGACGUAUCUCUGCUGCUUCAACAUGAACCACGCCCGCGCACAGGGAAGUCUCCAAGCCUACGACAAUGCCCACAACCUAGGCGACUGGAAGCUCCUAGCCAACUAUGCCGCAAGAUGGACAAACGUGAGGCCAUGUCCUCGAGCAAAGCACAAAUCUGGAAAGAACCGUCCAUGGUGGGGAUGGGGUGUCUUGGCCAUCUGUGAAGAGUGCUAUCUCAACUUUGCCCAAGGAACAGCACUCGAGCCUCGAUAUGCACUCAAAGGCGCGAGAGAACCGGAUAACGAGAGGAUGUGCGAUCUCUUUUCGCCUCGUAUGAGGGGGCUAUACACCGAAGCGUGCAAGACGGGUGAUCUCCACGGCUUGUUGGCGCUUGCAGAGCAGAGACACGUUAUCUACACGCAGACCAUCAUGCAGUGCGAGCAGAUCCUGGUACAACAACGGAUAGCAGCGAUGAAGGCUCAAUAUCUGGGGAGACAGGGGACUUUUUACAAGAGUCUAGGCUGGUCGCAAGAUGCAGUCAUGGGCCAUAGCUACACGGUAGGAAACUCGUACGCCGGGUACGGGCAUGCGAAUGAGUGGGUGUUGCAAGGCCAUGCAUACGAUCGACAAGCCAGCGAGAUGACAGCUCAAGUCGGAGGAGGCAGUAUCCUUCAAGUCGGCAUGCUAGAAGCAAGGUGGAAAGAAGUCGAGUGA